CUCGCUUCUUGACUUAACGAACAUGUUCUCAACGCUCACGCUGCAUCAGGCCCAUGCAGCUCGUUGAUAAUAACGCAUUUCUCCAACAGCUGGGCGCUCUCUUCGAAUCGACCAAAGACAAGGGCACCAUAUGGCUCACUUAUAAGCGAUUAACUCAUGAUGGUGAUGACACCGUAAUGAAAGAAGAAGAUGGGAGCGAUGGGAGCAGAGAAUAUCCUUGUAUCGUUCGUGUCACUGAUGACAAGAAGGCGAAGUUCUCCACCAAGAUUUUAUCAAUAGAUCUCGAUAAAUUCCACUCUGCUUACGGUGCUCUGCUCAAAUCAUCCAUGACCACCCUUCGCAAGCGCGACAAAAAGCGUGAAAAGCAACGCGCAGAACAGCUCGCAAAGAGAAAGCAGCGCAUGGCAGAUCCGGUUGUUAUCGAUGGACCUAAGCGAGGGAACGGUCGACGCAAGAGGCAACGACAAGUCAAGGCAGCCCUUAAGCAUGCGGAGAUGAAGGAGCGCGCAGCCAAGAGAGAAGAGGCACGAACAAAGCAGUGAGAAUCGAUUGUAAGCGUGUGUUGGAAAAAGUAUGUUGUACGCUGCUGUAAUUAUCUGCUUACGUCGACCGUACCGAUACGAUGUCUAUGCGGAAUUUGCUCGAGAUCCGAUGUUUCGUCAGAUAGUGAUGCGUCGAAAGCUAAAGAGAAA